CGGGGCGGGGCUUCAGGCUAGAGGGAGGGAAGGAGGAGAAAGGAUAAGAAAGGGAGUGGAGCUGGCGCGUACGGUGGCCGAAGAGGGACGCGCCGAGCCGGAGGCUGCAGGAUGAUGCGAUUCAUGCUGCUGUUCAGCCGGCAGGGGAAGCUGCGGCUGCAAAAAUGGUACCUGGCCACAUCGGACAAGGAGCGAAAGAAAAUGGUUCGGGAGCUUAUGCAGGUGGUUCUGGCUCGCAAGCCCAAGAUGUGCAGCUUCCUGGAGUGGAGGGAUCUCAAAGUCGUCUAUAAGAGAUAUGCCAGCCUCUACUUCUGCUGCGCCAUCGAGGGCCAAGACAAUGAGCUCAUCACGCUGGAGCUGAUCCACCGAUAUGUGGAGCUCCUGGACAAAUACUUCGGCAGCGUGUGCGAGCUGGACAUCAUCUUCAACUUUGAGAAGGCCUACUUCAUCUUGGACGAGUUUCUGAUGGGGGGAGAUGUCCAGGACACCUCCAAGAAGAGUGUGCUGAAGGCCAUCGAGCAGGCAGACCUGCUGCAGGAGGAGGAUGAGUCGCCUCGCAGUGUGCUGGAGGAGAUGGGUCUGGCGUAGCCCCCGCCUGGGCCGUGUGGAGAUGUGGGGAGCUGGUGGAGAGGCAGGGCAUGAGUGCCCCCUUUUCUCGAUGGGACCCAGCCGUCCCUCCUCUGCUGCCUCACCUUCUUUCAGAGUGAGCUGUGGGCUCAGGACCCUCAAACAUUCCCCUU